AUGGCUUCAACCUUCAUGUGUGGAAUGGAAGAUCUGCUGUUUAAUGGCAGCCGGUUUGUAUGGAACUUAACAAUCACAACUUUGAGGAGGUGGUAUACAGAAAGGCUGAGGGCUUGUCAGCAAAUGCUAAGGACGUGGUGUGGCUUGCGUGAUGUUUACCAGAUGACAGAGGGCCGACACUGUCAGGUGAAUCUCCUAGAUGGCAGAAAGUUGGAACUUCUGGUUCAGCCAAAGCUUUUGUCCCGGGAGCUGUUGGAUCUGGUAGCAUCUCAUUUUAACCUCAAAGAGAAGGAAUACUUUGGAAUAACAUUUAUUGAUGACACAGGUCAGAGUAACUGGCUGCAGCUGGAUCGCAGGGUAUUGGAUCAUGAUUUGCCUAAGAAAACAGGACCAGUGGCCUUAUUCUUUUCAGUCAAGUUUUAUAUUGAGAACAUAUCAUUCCUAAAGGACAUUACCACUGUGGAAUUAUUCUUUCUGAAUGCAAAAUCCAGCAUUUACAAGGGCGACAUUGAGGUGGACAGCGAGACGGUGUUCGAGUUAGCUGCGUACGUGCUGCAGGAAACGAAAGGAGAUUACAUCAGUGAUGAAAGUGCAAGAGAAGAACUAAAGAAACUCCCAGCUCUCCCUACUCGAGCAUUGCAGGAACAUCCAUCACUUGCAUAUUGUGAAGAUCGAGUGAUCAACCAUUACAAAAAACUAAAAGGUCGCAGCAGAGGACAAGCAAUUGUCAAUUAUAUGACAGUGGUGGAAGCGCUUCCUACCUAUGGCAUUCAUUACUAUGGAGUAAAGGAUAAACAAGGAAUUCCAUGGUGGCUUGGAAUUGGUUGUAAAGGAAUUGGACAAUACGACUUCCAUGAUAAAGUCAAACCCAGGAAGAUAUUCCAGUGGAAACAGCUUGAAAAUUUAUACUUCCGCGAAAAGAAGUUUGCAGUUGAAGUUCAUGAUCCUCGCAGAGUGCCAUUGUCAAGAAGAACUUUUGGGCAGACUGGGCUGGUGGUAAACACAUGGUAUGCAAGUACCUCCCUGAUAAAAUCUAUUUGGGUGAUGGCAAUAAGUCAACAUCAAUUCUAUCUGGACAGAAAACAAAGCAAAGCAAAGAUUCCAUCAGCAAGAAGUCUCAGUGAUAUUGCAAUGGACUUGACCGAUACAGGAAUGCCCAAAGCUUCUAAACUGGCAAACGUGGAUGGCAAGAAUCCAAUUAUAACAGCUAGUAAUGGCAGCUUAAUUUCCUCAGGCUCUCAGGACUCUGAAGUCAGUGAUGAGCAAAAGAAAGAAAAGCUAAUUGAAUUGAAGCAGCGUCAGAGUGCACUGCAAGAUACUCUCAAUCAAAAAAUGGAAGAAUUAAAGAAAAUUUGUUUACGAGAAGCAGAAUUAACAGGCAAGCUACCAAAAGAGUAUCCACAGACAUCAGGAGAAGAGCUUCCACAUGUUAGACGUCGAGUGGGUACAACUUUCAAAUUGGAUGACACCCUCCUUCAAAGUGAAGAAGAUCCAUACUUACAAGAUUUGGAGAAGAAGUUUGCUAUUCAACAGAAGAUUGUGGAAGCUGCAAGAAAACUAGCCAGUGACCAUGAAAUGUGCAAGAAUGUUAAAAAGAAGAGAAAACAGGACUAUGUUGAUGCUCUAAAAAAGCUUCAAGAGAUAGAGAAUUCAAGUAAUGAAUAUAGAAUAAAAUGUGGGAGGAAACCUACUCAAAUAACCUCCCUUGUUCCAGAUGAAGUCAUUCCCUCGGAGACCAGUUCCUUAUCUGACACAAAUACAACAGAUGAUGAUGAUAUGCGUGUUAUGCAAAGAAAAAGAUCUUUCUCUAGCCAGCAACCUCUGAGACCGCUUCCGCCACAGUCUCUUGAGCUUAAACAGAGUCGACAGAGGAGGAGUUCUGCAAGUGAACAGUUUCAUGAUAAGGGACAUAUAGGCCAACCUAGAUACAGCAGUAAUGAAGGUUACUACCUGCAGGAUGUUGUGCAUGGCCCGAGAGAACUGAGCUCAACACAUAGUAGCCCUUACAGAACACAGGGGAGACAGUGCCACGGAGGAAGAAGUAUGCCAGCUACUCCAGUUUUGACUCGUAAUGCUUACAGCAGCAGUCAGUUACGACCUGAGAUUUCCCCAAAUCACUUCAGACAGCGCAGUGGAAGCUUGGAAUCCCAAUCUCAUCUCCUGGAUGAAAGCACAAACAACAGGACAGUAUUUCCCCUUACAGCAGCCCAAAGGAGUUGCAGUACAGAACUGCUGGACGAUGGGUCAUCCUACACUAGUCAAUCCAGUACUGAGUAUUAUAGCACACCAAGUAAACCUCCCCAGUACUACAACACCAUGACAGUGGGUUGCCGGUCAAGAGAAAGACGAAGACACAAGAAACCAAAUAUUUCCUCAGCAGCUUCAGGGAGCAUGCCCAAUUUAGCACCAAAAGAUGGAAGGAAUGGAGUUUAUCAGAAUUCUCAUACGCAGCCUUCAUCUGACUAUUAUAUUCCAGGAUAUCCACCAUACAGUGACUAUGAGCCUUUUGGAUACACAUUUGAAAAUGACACUGAGGGACACUACAAUGUUAAAGCCCCAUAUAGAUCAUCACAUUCUUACAAUGCUGAACAAUAUAGAGAUUACACUCGCUUUUACCAGGGCGAUAGUGAUAACAUGUCUCAAAACCCAUAUGCAACAUUAAGGAAUGUGCGUAGGAGAGGUGCUAAAAGUGAACAAAUAACCAAAAACAUCCAGAAGGCCUUGGUUGCAGAAAGUUUGCGUGGCUGGUAUGAGCGUGCCUCAACUCACAAGGAUUAUGGCCUGCAGGCAGGCUUAGACUCUGACAGGGGCUCACAGCAAAGUCUAGGUUUUGCUUAUAUGCACGGCCCGUUUUCUCCAACCAGUAGGGCUACAUCUUUUACAUCGGUCUCAUCAGCAACAAGUACAGGAACUUGGCGGAGCCAGAUGACAGUAGGCCUUCAGGAUUAUGAUCAUAUACCAUAUACAAGUUCAUUCAGUAACUCCUACAGCAAUACUACACUGCAUAGCAGACCUUAUCCAGAACGAAUGUACUCAGACAGUGGAGACACAAGCCAGCUGGAAGAUGACCUGUAUCCUGAUGAGCAGGUGUUGUUAUGGCAUGAAGACUCUAAACCUGGGACUCUGGUUUAAGUGACUGUUGGUUGACUUUCAACCUUCAAUGUUCAAUAUAUAGAUAACUUACUCUGUGUGCCUUGCAUCUUUCUCAGUCUGUUCGAAAUGGUUUAUUUCUACAAAUGGGAAUCAUCCUUGGAACAUUUCAGUGCUUGCAGAAGGCACUGUACCUGAAUGCUGGGAAGCUCAUUCUGGCCAACUUGUGCAGAAACAGUGAAGGCUUAAAUUCUGCAGGUUACAGUUCAGGAAAGGUUUGCUUUAAAUUGAUAACCAUACAUUCUAAAGAAGGAAAUAAAACCUUUUUAGGUGGAUUGCUUUGAGUUUGAAUCGAAGCAUGGAAGGAUGGCACUUGGGAAUUUUUUUAAAACUGUGAAUGCACUUUUCAAAGACUGAGUUGAUGAAAGUAGAUGCUCUUCAUUGUUCAGUGAACUUGGAGUAAAAGGAACUAUGCUUUUUGCAUAGACAUAAAAGAUGGAAGGACAAAGCAGGGUAGUGAGUAACUUCAUAUGCUUUGGAAGUCUUAAGAGUACUUUACAUAUUAUCAAAUGAAGGAUGCCAUGUAUUUUGAUGGCAAAGAACUGGUAACUCUGAUUACUUGAAUAGAGUUAGUGGGCUUAUGAAUUUUUUAAAAAAUGAUUAGUUGGAAUUAAGACCAGAAAAAGGUAAGAAAUGCAUUUUGUUUAAAGAUUUUUAUGAUCUAGCUAAAAGAAGCACAAAGAAUUAAUGUAUUCAUGUUUUAAAAACGCUUUGAUAAUUUAGCCUAACUGUAGUGCUUUCAAAUGGAUUUUUAAUUUGUGGGGGAAGAGAGUUAUUGGACCAGUUAAGGCUAAUGGCAAUCAUUAGUGGACCAUAUCGAAUGCCAAACGUAACCAAUCAUGAAAAUAUGCAUUAAAGAUAACUGAAUCACAACAUGUAUCAAAGAAAAGCACAUGGCUUGAGAGAGACUCACAAAUACGAAAAUGCAAAAAGACAUGAUUUUUUUUUAAAAAUAAAAAGCACAAUUCCAAUUAUGGCUGUCAUGGUGUUGGCGCAAACUGGUUGAAGCAGUUCAAUUUGAUUAUUAGCCCUACCUGGAUUAUGCUUAUGUGACAGAUCUUGGCUGGGCAAGUAUUGGUGCCGUUCCUACAACUCAGGUGCAAAAUUGUUCUCCUGAUCCACCUACCUUUUGAAACGAGUUAAUAAAUCUAUCAGAAACGUUUUUGACUGUGUUACAUAAAAAGUGCUGUGGUUGAUGAAAGCAACAAAUGACAAGCUCUGCCAAGACUCACCAAGCAAAUGGGCUAGAAGACAAUUACUGAGACAUGCAGACCAAAGAAGCCCCUUAAUUCAAUCUCUUAAUCUGUGGGGAGUUAGCUGAAUUUAGGCUGGGAAAGGUAUUGCAAGAAUUUCUGUCCUUGUCCCAGAAGGAGGAAGGUGAGAAAUCACCCAUAGCUCAGACCCCUGAGAUUUGAAAAUGGCUUAUUCUGGAAUACACAAAGGUAAUGUGCUCACAGGCCUGGAUUUCCAGUAAUUUACCCCAUAGUCAAAUAGCCUGCCAAUACUCAUUGUCUAGGUACAAGUUGAAAAAUAGGUACUAGGACCCAGGAGUGUCAGUAGCCAUGGAACUGUAACCUAACCACUUUCAGAAGAGAAGGGGAGGAAACCUUCUAAGUAAUUGGCUCUUGCCCUUCAUAUGCUGACUGCCAUUCAAGCUAGCCACCAUGAGGAGGUUUAAAGGGACUGGUUUCGAAAUUCAUCUCAAAAGGAUAGUGCAUAAACAAAAAUAUGGAAAUAAAAUAGGAAGUCUCCAGGCAGGAUUUCUUUUGCAGCCAGUAAGGUGAACCCACUAACAAAAUGUUUCCUUUUUUUAAAAAGUGCUCAUGUGGCUCACACUACCUCACUAUUUCCUUGGAAAAUACAUAUGUUCACCUGUUUGGGGCCCAGGGAUGUUUUUAUUAUAGCAUUUACAAUAAUACAUGAAUUUUACAAGUUGGCGUGUUGAAGACCUGGCAAUCUUAUUUUCCAAGUUCUAACUGGUGAACGUGUGAUUCCCAUGCUGGAAUCCAUGGAAAGGUGCUGUCAUUUCCUUUUUUUAAAACAAGGGGAAGAAAAAUUACAAUUGUGUUUAUUAUGUAAAGUUUCUGAAUGACACUUUUUGUGAACAUUUUUAUUAUUUUUCCAAAGCAUGUAAUAUAUAGUAAACUAAUUUGGUAAGCUGGUUCUUAGUCAUUUUUUUAUUCAGUGAGAAAAAGUUUCAAUUCAUGUGGGAAUUUUGGAAACAAAGCUUUUAACUUAUUCUUUUGCAUAUUUGUACAGCUUUACCCAGAGAGAAACUUUUGUGUAUGCCUUUACAUUAUACUCCUGUUGUCCUUCCUACUAUAAAAAUGUGCUUUAAAACAGGAGAUCAAUAAAUAAAGCGUAUGUAUCCUUCUGUGUGUAUUUUUUGUAGUUUUAUGCGGCUCUGCAUCAGUGCUCCAAUAUCUUUUUUUCAAUAAAUUGAUUUUCCCCCAUA